AGGCGGACGAGGCUCCAAUUUCGGAUUUCCACCAACACACUGUUUCUACCGUGUCUCUGUCCCAAAGCCAUUUUUCGAUUUUCGAAGAGGAGCACAGAUUCUUCCGUUGAGAAGAUGGCUGCUAUUGCGCGUCUUCAAUUGUCGGCGAAAUCGAAUCAGAGCAGUGUGCCUUCGCCGAGAUCAAUCAACCUCUCUCGCGAUCCAAGGCUUGUCGUUUCGUUUCCACGAAAUGGAUCAGUUUGCUCACUCCACACCAACUUCUCUUCCCCAAAUCUCGCGAUUCCAUGCGCCGGUGGUGGUGGAAACUUCGGUAAUCCAGGUUCAGGCGGUGGAAGCGGCGGAGGAGGAGAUGGUUAUGGAGGUUCAAGCGGCGGCGGAGAAGGCAAAGAAGAAUCGUCUUCAUUGGGGCCAAUAGGUAUGUUCCUCCAAGGAUGGAGAUCGCGAGUUACUGCUGAUCCUCAAUUCCCAUUCAAGGUACUCAUGGAAGAGCUUGUUGGAGUUAGCGCCUGUGUCCUUGGAGACAUGGCAUCACGCCCAAACUUCGGUUUAAACGAGCUCGAUUUCGUCUUCUCCACUCUCGUUGUAGGUUCGAUUCUGAAUUUCACACUCAUGUACCUCUUAGCACCCACCGCAGCAACGAUUGGCUCCUCCCAGAGCUUACCUGGAAUCUUUAGAAGCUGCCCUUCAAGCCAUAUGUUUGAACAGGGAAGCUUCACCGUUAUGAACCGUUUCGGGACUCUUGUGUACAAAGGAAUGGUUUUUGCGACUGUGGGAUUAGCUGCAGGUCUUGUGGGAACCGCUAUCUCUAAUGGGUUGAUCAUGUUGAGGAAGAAGAUGGACCCGAGCUUCGAAACGCCGAACAAACCGCCACCGACUGUGCUGAAUUCACUAACUUGGGCUACGCACAUGGGAGUGAGCGCCAAUGUGAGGUACCAAACGUUGAAUGGUGUUGAGUUCUUGCUUGCCAAGGCGUUGCCUCCUAUGGUGUUUAAGACAGGUGUGGUGGUUUUGAGGUGUGUGAACAAUGUUGUCGGAGGAAUGUCGUUUGUUGUCUUGGCGAGGAUGACUGGAUCACAGUCGGUUGAAGGGAAGACAGAGACUUCAGUGGAGGAGACGACGGAGAUUUCAGUCAAGGACAAGGAUCUUUGAAUCUCAUCAGAAUCUUUUGGAGUUCCUCUUUGUUUUCCCUUGUUCAUAGGUACAAAAGAGGGGCAUCUAGAGUUGAAACCUUUUUCUUACAAAAAAGCAUGAGACUUAGUUCUUUUAUGUUUACGAUUAAAUAAGACUACUCCCUUUUUAGGUUCAUCCUAAUAUUUGGAUUUCAUUGUUUGGGCCAUUUCUUCUGCUAAGUUUGUUCUUUUUUCUAUCAACAAGAUAAUAAAAAUCAAUAUAUAAAGGUUUUAAAUUA